AAGUUAUCAACUUUAUUUUAUUUAGAAUGAUUUAUAAAAAAUAUAUAAUAUUAAUAUACCAAGAAACAGCUAUUUAUAUGAAUAAUAAUAAAAAUAAGGAGAAAGAGAAAGGUAUUAUACACUAGUCGCUUGUGUAUGCGACUGUCGCGCCUGCGCACGUCUCAUUUAACGGUUUUAUUCCACGCACUUUUUUCCACGGAUUUUUUCUUACGGUUUUACUAUCACAUUUUUUUCAGUUCGGUCGCGCAGCAAAAUCCCUAUCCCCUCCAAGCCUGCCGUAAGGAACUUCGUUCCAAAAACAUUAACGCGAAAAUCGGACCAGAACAGACGUUCUUUUAAUCUUUGUUAAUCAAGCCUUGUUCUUGUUAAAUCCAAAAAGGAUACACAGAAUUUUAGAUUCAGAGUAUUGGCUUCUAGAUAAGUCACGGCUCUGUUAAAAAUAAGCUUCUGAUUUCGAAAACAGUUGUAAAGUCUGUCUGGAUUUACAACCGUAUAUUUCUGUCCGUUUGCGAAUUGUCAUGUGAACGCUUUUGGCUAUAAAUUAUAUUCAAAGCACGUAUGAUAACAUGGCGUCUAUCGUUCGCAUUCGUCCAUAUACUUAAUAUCAGUCGAUGCUCUUUUGAAUGCUCAGGCGUCGUUCUGACGUCACAUUAGUUCGGGACUGCAACGCCAGACGGUGUUAUUCAGGAUUUCGAGUCUGCCUCGUACACACUGUUGUUUGACGGGAAUAAAAAAUCUAAGCUAAUUUAUUUUAAUUGUGGCAUUGUGGUGUUGUACCAUAAUAUAUAGUAUAACAGUAAAAGUACUUAUACUAAUUCUGUUGCUUUUAUCGGAAUUUCAAAUAAUCUCAACCCAACUGGGAUGUCUUUGAAGAAUAGGUUAAUUGCAUGUCUGCAAAAACUGAAGGAAUACGAUUACACUGACGUAGACAAGGCAAGAGCUAGUGACGCGAAGGCCGAGAAUGCCCUCAACUUAAUAUACCAGACUGCUUUAAAGAAAACAACUUUUACACCAGAAGAGAAGAAAAUUGUAGGUUCUCUUUUAUUUGAUGCCAUCACACCGAUACAAAGCAACAUAGAAGGAACGCUCUGCGAAUACAGAACUAGAUUAGAUACCUCUGUGCUUAUGAAAAGAUCUGCAAUACAAUUCUUGAUUGACGAAUACGGGAAGUUUCCAGUUGAGAAUUCUAUCUUGGCUACAAAGUUAGAGGAAGCCGGCAUAGCAGAGAGCGUUGAAAUACUCAAUGAAAUUAUAAAUAGGUACUGUGAUAUGAGCGAUUCUGACGAGGGCUCCAGCGACAGAGAAUCGGCGGGAUCCCAAGAAGUACCAAGGUCGCACAUCUGGUGGACUGCGUGAUAAAUCAGCUUGCAACUAUACAGGCAGAGUUGACGUAUCAAUUAUCUUGCUAACGACAUUAUUCAUAAAGAGUUGACAUAGGUAACUAAAUCGAUAUAAUACAAAAUGAAUUUCAUAUCGAACGUACUGGAUUCGAUUCCGGUUGUAGGCCACGUAAAAGGAGUUGUACAUUAUGCCGUUGGAGAUACAGAAGGAGGCAACAAUUCUAUGUAUCAAUCUACAAGGACAUCGGCGGUCCUAGCAGGAGGAGCAGUUGGAUGCCUCGCAGGACCGGCAGGAGCUGCAUUGGGAGGCGUAUACGGAGGCAUGAUUACAGACGGCUUGGUUUCUGCGGCUAAGAACGAGCCUGUAGGUAUUUUUGAGUCAAGUGCAAAUAUAGGUAGAGACAUUGCUUCAGGCAAAAAUCCAAUGGCUUCUGUGGGUUCCGCAAGUUUCAAAAUCGCCAUGGACGGUAUAGGUGGCUUUGGCAUGGGAGGAGUUUCUAGCGUUGCCAGUAAAGUCCCGGCGAAGGCCGUCGCAAAAACCAUAGAAGGCACUGUAAAAAAAGCUGCUGCAACUAUUGGGGAGGAGAUGAUUGAGAAGUCAGUGCAAUUAACUGCAGAAGAAAUGACAAAAAUUGUGGCAAAGAAAGUGUCAGAAAAAGCCGUGAAAAAAGCUGUCGAAACUGCAGCAAUACAAACACAAAUGCUUCUGGUGUCUGCUCACGUCGGAGUAAAUGCUAGUGAAAAAACCAAAGCUGAAAUGCGUGCUGAAGAAGAACGUAAACAACAGAAACAAAAAGAAGAAGAACGUAAACAACAGAAACAAAAAGAAGAAGAAAAAAAGGCGCGUGAAAAGCGCGAUAAAAAAAACACUGGAUCGUGGCAACCGCCACGCGAGAACAGAAACAAUAAAGAGUCCAAUGUUGAUAAUGAAGAGUCCGACGAGGAGGUAUUUGAAAAGUUCAUGAAAUUACUUAAACAGCUCUUGAAGCUUCUCUACGGCAAUAACAGCGAACCGUUCACAAGAAUUUUCGAGAAUUUAUCACCAGGCCAAAUAGCGUAUUUGGUGAAAAUAAUCAGAAACCUUAACUCAACUGGAAUUUUACAGAUAGUGUUAGAUUUUACAUUAAAACUGUUUAAAUUGUACUUUUCUAAAGAUAUCUCAUUCACAAAUAUCCUGAGUAUGUUAGAAUUCGUCGCAACUUACAUUGAAGACCAGUUGUAUUUUAUGACCAAAACCAAAGGUAAACCGACUCGUCAAUCAGAUGCCGACCGGAAUGAGCGUCGAAGGAACGCCAUCAGAGAACUUCAAAACAAAACGGAUAUAAUUCAGAAAAUUGCUGAUCUAUUCAGACAUUUACAAGCGGAAAUCAUAGCUGAAACGAGCGCGCCUAAUAUAAUUUCCCCCUAUUUCCGUGAUAUAUUCUCAGCUGUGUAUCAUUAUUACAAACACAGACGCGUGCCCGUGCCAGGCCAUGAGAAGCUGACAGUCAAACAAUAUUUCGACUUGAUAAGGAUGGUAAUUAUAAAAAUGAAAGAAUCACCGGAAUACAAAAAAAUGCAGAAGGCCAGAAAUGGAACGACCCUCACUUGUGAAAUGUACGUGGUCUUGUUCGGUAGGAUGUUCAGAAUUAUUAUUACUGUUCGAGAUGGUGAAAUUGUAUUGAGUACCGCCUAUGUAGUCAAGCGUAUGAACUUUAAUGCCAAAGAAGGCAUUCUUUACAUAAAAUUCGGUGAUGGAGAUGUACAGAAGUAAUAACCUCAAAUUGCUUACUGGUGGUAGGACCUCAUGUGAGUCCGCACGGGUAGGUACCACCGCCCUACCUAUUUUUGCCAUGAAGCAGUAAUGCGUUUCGGUUUGAAGGGUAGGGUAGCCAUAAAAAAAAAAAAAAAAAAAAAAAAAAAAAAAAAAAAAAAAAAAAAAAAAAAAAAAAAAAAAAAAAAAAAAAAAAAGGGUAGCCAUUGUAACCAUACACCUUAGAACUUAAAUUUCAAGGUGGGUGGCGCAUUUACGUUGUAGAUGUCUAUGGGCUCCAAUAACCACCAGGUAGGAUGUGAGCUUGUCCACCCAUCUAAAAAAAAAAGGAAAAAAAAGUAAAAAAAAAUUAAGAAAAAAGGAAAAAAAAUAUUGCUGUACUUAGCAGUUUUAUAAUCCUCAUAUACUUAAUGUUGCUUGAUUCAUUUAAAGUUGUCAAAAGCAUUUAUUUUUAAGUUGCGUUUAUUUACCUUGGUAUAUUUAUACGUAGGUAUAGUAUAGUAGGUUUAUAGGUACAUGUAGCUAAGUAUAUAUAUUUAAGUAAGUUUGUAUGUAACGAAAUCUAUUACGUUAUUUUUGCCGACUUGAAAACGUCCGAUUAACCUGAAAACACCGACUCGAUCGAAUUCUUCGAUUACGACAAAGAGCGAAUUAUUCCAUGGACACAGCCCACUGAGUUUCUCGCCGGGUCUUCUCAGUGGGUCGCGAUUCCGAUCCGGUGGUAGAUUUUGCAAAACACUGCUCUCGCUAGGGCUAGUGUUAGAAAUUUCCUCUGAGUUUGAGCCCGUGAGCUCCCUACCCGCCCGCGCGUAUCUGUAAUAGCCGAUUCCAGCGAAUAGGUAGGGAAUAAAAAAAACAGGAGUGCAAUAAAAUUUUAAAUUCAUUAGGCGUGUUUCUUUUUACUUUUUUAAGUAGGUACAUAUUUAAAUUCUAUGUUUUAUUGCUAAAUAAAGCCGUGUGCACUUAUCAAUCUCCAGA